GUUUCACAACAGAGUUGCUUUCAUGCGUUUGGAGCGGGCUUGCUUUUAAUCCAGGACCGGAGGAAGUACGACCUGUGAAGACUGUUAUUGUACAGGAGAUACACACAUUCCAUCAGCCUCUUGUCAGACUUUAUUUAAAGAGAAAGAGAAACAAAUACUGUCCAGAACUGCGAGGAACAACAACAACAACCUCAUGACUUGCCUCGAAAGAGCCAGACGCCGGAUUUAUUCAAAUCAAACUCGCCUUUACACGAUUGCACACAGUAGAUUAACGCAUUUUAAUGAUUUGUUUUUAUUGUAAAAAUAUGAUUUACUGGAUCUCCGAGCAAAGAAAAGCUAGAAUUAAGAGUCUUUUUUUUUUCUUUGUCUGUGCGUUAUUGCAUUGACAUACUGAUCGCUAAAUGAUAUCAAACUCUCCAAUUAUAACGUGCAAAGACCAGCAUGUCUACACUCAGACUAUUUCCUGAUUAGACAAGAGUCUGACUAGUAUUGAAUUGCAAUGGGAAUGCAAUAGGAGUUGCAUUGAUUGAUUUACGCCGGUCUAGACAUUAGCUGGAAGAAAUCUCCCCUUGUCAACCGACCAGAGAAAGAGAAUGUACUUCUUUAAUUUCCGAAAAAUCUUUAAAUUGGGCGCAGAGAAGAAGAAGAAGCACUAUGAUCACGUGCACAGGGACGCCAAUCCGGAGGAAAUCUGGGAGAUUGUGGGAGAACUGGGGGAUGGAGCCUUUGGAAAGGUGUUCAAGGCUCAAAACAAGCAGACAGGCAUUUUUGCUGCUGCAAAGGUGAUUGACACCAAAACUGAAGAUGAGCUGGAGGACUACAUGGUGGAGAUCGACAUCUUGGCAUCAUGUGACCAUCACAAUAUUGUCAAGCUGCUUGAUGCGUUUUACUACGAGAGCAAACUGUGGAUCCUGAUAGAGUUCUGUGGCGGCGGAGCCGUCGAUGCUGUCAUGCUCGGUGAGUUCACACAAAGUGUUUGACAUGCAAGACUGCAUCAGGAAAAGGUCACUUACAAUGACCAGUUCCUUGUCAAUAGCCAA